AUGGGUCACCACAGCAUGGACGGACUCGAGAUGAUCGACCCUAUCUCCUCCUCAUCCAUGACGACCCUUACGCCCAUGAGCGACGGGAGUUCCAUGCACCAGCUUCAUGGCGCUGUCUACACCCAUAGUCCCAUGAAUACAAUGAUGCCACAUCCUGGUCUUACUCAUCCGCAUAUGCCUCUUGGCAUGCACGACACGGACACGGACCCUCGGGAACUCGAGGCCUUCGCCGAGCGGUUCAAACAGCGGCGCAUAAAGCUCGGGGUCACCCAAGCGGACGUCGGGAAAGCGCUCGCCAAUCUCAAGCUGCCGGGGGUAGGGGCGCUCUCGCAGUCCACCAUCUGCAGGUUCGAAUCGCUGACGCUGUCCCACAACAACAUGAUCGCGCUGAAGCCCGUGUUGCAAGCGUGGUUGGAGGAAGCCGAAGCCCAGGCCAAGAACAAGCGGCGGGAUCCGGACGCGCCCUCUGUCCUCCCAAUGGGCGAGAAGCGUAAACGGACGUCGAUCGCCGCCCCCGAGAAGCGGUCGCUGGAAGCCUACUUCGCGGUGCAGCCCCGCCCGUCUGGGGAGAAGAUCGCCGCCAUCGCCGAGAAGCUGGACCUGAAGAAGAACGUGGUUCGCGUGUGGUUCUGCAACCAGCGCCAGAAGCAGAAGCGGAUGAAGUUCGCCGCCACGCAGAAGCAGAUGGCCGGCGGCAACGUGCACACCUCCAUGGGCUCCAUGAUGACGUCCCCUAUGCCGCCUCAUACGCCUGUUCCGUAGUGGAUGGCCUCCCCUGGUGCCCGCCCCCCGAUGGACCUACCAGGCCGUUCCGCCCAUCACCAGCACCAGCAGCAGCAGCAGCAGCAACAGGGGA